UAAUCCCAAUAAUGUGACUAACCCAAAGCGGGAGGACCCUAAAGAUGGCCGGGACCGGGGCGUUUCCAAAAAUGGUGAUCUUGCCACUGAUCUUUAUCCUUUUGAAGCUAUGUAGAACUGAAGCUGCACGGAAAGGUGUAAGUGCAAGUUUAGAUAUGAAGUUGCCAUCAAUGCCUCUGUUACUGGAGACAAGUGAGUUUAUGGCAGACGAAAGUGAUGAAAAAUUCUGGCAAUUUCUUGACACAGUCAAGGAAAUAACAUCGUACCUUCAUGGGGAUUCUGAACGCAAUUAUUAUAACUUGAUUUUAAAGAAAGCUGGACAGUUUUUGUCAGAACUGCAGCUUAACCUGUUGAAGUUUGCUCUCUCCCUCAGAGCAUAUUCCCCAACUGUUCAGAUGUUUCAACAGAUUGCAGCUGAUGAACCACCACCUGAAGGUUGUGCCAGUUUUGUUGCUAUACACGGGGAACACACUUGCAGUACCGGUGACGUCAAGAAACUCCUCAAAAAAGCAGCUGAUAGGCCCAAGCCAUAUUUGUUUAAAGGGGACCAUAUGUUUUCAGCCAUUAAUCCAAAUGCACCAGUUGUCGUCUUGUAUGCGGAAAUUGGCACAAAAGAAUUUUCCAAAUUCCACAAAAUCCUGACCAAGAAAGCGGUUAAAGGGGAAGUUGCUUAUAUUCUGCGGCAUUACGUACAGAAACCAAGCUCGGAGAAAGUGCGUCUUUCUGGAUAUGGUGUUGAACUUGCUAUUAAAAGCACGGAAUACAAAGCGGUGGAUGACACGCGGCUGGAAGGUACAAAUUCCACUGUGCUGGAAGAUGAUGAUGACACUGAUGAAGUUCAGGGAUUUCUUUUUGGAAAAUUGAAACAACUAUAUCCGGAUAUAAAAGGCGAGCUGAGGGAACUGAGAAAGCAUCUUAUUGAAAGCACAAAUGAAAUGGCUCCACUGAAGGUGUGGGAGCUUCAAGAUCUCAGUUUCCAGGCAGCUGCUCGCAUUACCUCUGCUCCUGUUUAUGACGCCUUGAAGUUAAUGCGAGACCUUAGCCAGAAUUUUCCAACAAAAGCCAGAUCACUGACUAGAACGGUCGUAAGUCAAGAAAUGAGAAAUGAAAUUGAGGAAAAUCAAAAGCACUUUGCAGAAACUAUGGGAUUGCAGCCUGGAGAUUCAGCUUUAUUUAUAAAUGGGCUGCAUAUUGAUCUGGACACUCACAAUCUCUUCAGUAUCCUAGAUAUCCUCAAGGUGGAGGGGAAAGUCCUGGAUGGACUUAAUAAACUUGGGAUCAAAGGUAAAACUCUGAGCAAACUUCUGAGAUUGAAUGUUCAUCCCAUCGAGGAGAAUGCUGCUUUGGACAUCCAGCAUUCAGCUAUAAUGUGGAUCAAUGACCUGGAAAGAGAUCAGAAGUACCGUUCCUGGCCAUCAAGUUAUCAAGAACUAUUGAGACCAACUUUUCCAGGAGUUAUACGACAAAUUAGGCGCAACUUUUUCAAUUUGGUGCUGUUUAUUGAUCCUACUCAGGAAGAUACUGUUGAACUGGUGAAAUUGGCUGAGCUGUUCCACAAACACAACAUUCCCCUUCGAAUUGGUUUCGUCUUUGUUGUAAAUACUGCUGAGGAGUUUGAUGGCAAUCAAGAUGCAGGAGUUGCUCUUUUGAGAGCCUUUAACUUCAUAGCAGAUGACUCUGACCUAUCACAUGCAUUUUCAUCAAUAGCAUCAAUAUACAAUAAAGUGCAGGAUGGAGAAGUGCUUACUAUGGACCAUAUAGCCAGUUUUAUGAAAAAGAAGUAUCCAAUGGUUGAUGUAAAAAAUAUUUUUGGAAUCGAUUCUGAAUUUGAUGACCAAAGGAAGGAAGGAGGAACCUUUUACAAAAAGACUGGCUUGGGUCCAUUGCCACAAGCUCUUUUUAAUGGCGUGCCGUUUAACAUAGAUGAGUUAGAUGCUGAAGAGUUGGAGACAUUUCUACUCCAAAAGAUGAUGGACACAGCAGGGUUCUUCCAGAAGGCAGUUUUUAUGGGUCAUUUAAAUGAACAUACUGAUGUGGUGGAUUUCCUGAUGGAUGAGCCCAAUGUAGUUGCACGUAUCAAUCCCAUUAUACUGAACACUGUGAGAAAAUACCUUGAUCUCACACCCAAGGCAGUUAUAAGUGAUUGGAAUGAUUUCUCCACGUAUUCCUUCUUGGACACACGAGACAAGAGUGCAGUAAUUGCUGAUAAUAUGGAAUACCUCACAAGAAAAGGUGAGGACAUCAUUUAUGCAGUGUCUAUCUGGAUUAUUGGUGAUUUUGAGACGUUAGCCGGGAAAAGAUUACUUUCUAAUGCUUUACAAUACCUUAAAACAAGCAGCAACAUGCGAAUAGGAAUUGUAAAUAAUCACGCAGAUGAAUUAAGUGAAGGUAAUACUCCUACUGCAAGAGCUAUCCAGGCAGCACUUCUCACACAGAAUGGAAACACCGCAAAAAGCUUCAUUACCAACCUGGUGAAGGAGGAAACGGCAGAAGCACUCACCUUAGGAGCAAAAAUUCUGAAGUUUGCAGUAAAAGGAAUGGAUAAUGAUGCCUUUGAGAAGAAGUACAACACCAUCGGAAUCAACUUCAUUCGCACCCAGCAAUUGUUCUGCCAAGAUGUUCUCAAGCUGCUACCUGGUCAGGAAGCUGUUGUUAGCAAUGGUCGGAUACUGGGUCCUUUCAAUGAAGGUGAAGAGUUUCAACCUGAAGAUUUCAGUCUCCUGGAGAAAACCACCAUCAGCACCUCAGCAGAGAAAAUCAAAACUCAAAUCAAAGAGAUCGGAGUGAAUUCUAAGAGUGGAAGUGAUCUUGUCAUGAAGACAGAUGCUCUUCUAUCAUCGACGCUCAAAGAGGAAUCCCGAAGGGAUGUCAAGUUUCCUAAAGAUCGGCUGAGCGUAGUAAAGAUACCACCUCAGGAGGGAGUUCAUUAUGACGUAUUUGCCAUUGUUGAUCCAUUGACUAGGGAAGCACAGAAGUUGGCACCACUAUUAAGGGUUUUGGCUCAGGUGAUCAACAUGAAAUUGGACGUGUUCAUGAACUGCAGGUCCAAACUUUCUGAGAUGCCUCUGAAGAGCUUUUAUCGUUUUGUACUUGAGCCCGAAGUGGUGUUCACAGGUGACAACCAUUUAUCAACCGGGCCUGUGGCUAAGUUUGCUGAAAUGCCAGAAUCGCUUUUGCUCACUCUCAAUAUGAUCACACCUGAAAACUGGUUGGUAGAACCUGUACGCAGCUCAUGUGACUUGGACAAUAUUCACUUACAAGAGGUUGAAGGAAUGGUGUCAGCAGAGUACGAACUGGAAUACAUGUUGCUUGAAGGACACUGCUUUGAUGCCAGCACUGGACAACCUCCCAGAGGAUUACAAUUCACCCUUGGGACGAAGAAGAACUAUGAUAUGAUGGACACUAUUGUAAUGGCAAACCUGGGUUAUUUUCAAUUAAAAGCAAAUCCUGGGGCAUGGCUGCUUCGAUUACGUAAAGGGCGAUCUGAAGAUAUCUACCAGAUAUUCGAACAUGAAGGCACAGACUCUGCUGCUGAUUCAGAUGAUGUCGUUGUGGUACUGAACAGCUUUAAAAGCAAAAUUCUCAAAGUUCAGGUGCAGAAAAAGCCUGGCAAAGUAAAUGAGGAUCUUCUCGGUGAUGGAGAUUUAGAAGGCAAGGGAAUAUGGGAAUCACUCACAAGCUUUGCAGGAGGUUUACAAUCCGAGGAGAUUCAGAAGGAGGACAAUACCUUGAACAUUUUCUCUGUUGCAUCAGGACACCUGUAUGAGCGAUUUUUGAGAAUAAUGAUGCUUUCUGUAUUGAAACACACCAAAUCGCCUGUCAAGUUCUGGUUUUUGAAAAAUUACCUCUCUCCUACUUUCAAAGAAUUCAUUCCAGAAAUGGCAAAGCAUUAUGGAUUCCAAUAUGAGCUGGUGCAGUAUAAAUGGCCUCGAUGGCUCCAUCAGCAGACUGAGAAACAGAGAAUUAUCUGGGGUUAUAAAAUCCUCUUCUUGGAUGUUCUUUUUCCAUUAGCUAUUGACAAAAUAAUCUUUGUUGAUGCUGACCAGAUUGUGAAAGCUGAUUUAAAAGAGCUCCGUGAUUUGGAUCUAGAGGGCGCUCCCUACGGAUACACACCUUUCUGUGACAGUCGUAAAGAAAUGGAUGGUUACCGCUUCUGGAAGUCAGGAUACUGGGCUUCACAUUUAGGAGGCAGAAAAUACCAUAUUAGCGCUUUGUAUGUUGUGGACUUGAAGAAAUUUAGGAAGGUUGCUGCAGGUGACCGACUUCGAGGUCAGUAUCAAGCACUCAGCCAGGAUCCAAACAGUCUGUCAAACCUGGAUCAGGAUCUACCUAAUAACAUGAUCCAUCAGGUGACUAUCAAAUCCCUGCCACAAGAGUGGCUCUGGUGUGAGACCUGGUGCAAUGAUGACUCCAAAAAGAUCGCUAAAACUAUAGAUCUGUGCAACAAUCCCAAGACCAAAGAACCAAAACUGGAGGCUGCUUUGCGUAUUGUGCCUGAGUGGGCAGAAUAUGAUCAUGAAAUAAAGCACUUCCUAAAACAAAUCGAAGAACAGAAAAAGAUUGCCACUCCGAAAACAAAGCCUCCAGCUCCCAAGCGUGAUGAACUUUAGCAUCUAUGGGAUUAUUAUUCUUUCAUUGGAAAUUUUAUGAAUAACAACUAAAUCUGGAGAGAAACCACAAGACUUGCAACUUUCUAUAUCUAUAGAACUUGAAAAUGUUGUUAUGUACAAAGCUGUACAGUUUUAUACAGAUUUGUAUGGCACUAUUGUUUGAACAACACUAAUGUACAUGGAUAUUGGGGUAUGCACUGCAAUUCCCCUUUCAAGUUAAGAGCUCAUUUAUUAUUCAAUAUGGACAACAGAACACUGAAUGGUCAGGUAUAGUGAGUGCAAAUUUGAAUUGAAAGUAAAUUCUUGCCAGGAUAUCUACAUUGGUGUAAAUUAAUGUGCUGUAAUAAUGUGCUGGAAGCAGAUAUUUUUNGCACUUUUCCCAGCAAGUAGUUAUUAUCAGUAUUAUAAACUUGGUUAAGAUUUACAUACUUAAGUGCACAAACUGGUACCUUAUACACACUGAUGGGAAUCAAUCCUAGUUAUCAGAGAGUGACAAGAUUUUCUUCCAUCGCUUUUUAAUGUCACCAAGAUAUGGCUGGUAUUUAAUGGCAUUUUUCUAGCAGUAAAAUAUUUAAAAGUGGCUUAUGAUGUGAAAUAUUAUGAGUUGCUUUCAACUUUGGCCCUUAUAAGAUGCCACUUCUUGAAAUCCUCUGUAUGGUUGAACAGUGUUAUUGAGUUGUUGCCCUUAAUUUAAUUCAGUGGCUUGCACAUAAAUGGUUGAAGUUAAAUGGUUAGGAUACAGCGAUUCCCUUUGCAUCUGUAGUUUGAAAAGCAAAAUUCACAGUACACAUUUCUGGCUAAUGUUUCUGGGCAGUCAUAUGGUGCUGCUAAUAAAAUAAACUGUACCACUGUUACCUUGUAGUAAAGAUUAAUAUACAGUAAAUCAUGUUGUGUUGAUCUCAGGUAUUCAUUAACCUUGGCUAUUGCAUACAUUAUUCAUAAUCUUCUGGAGUGUUUGUUACUAAUUGCCAAAACAUAAAAUCUUACAUUAAAUUUAUCAUUUUGCCAAUUA